CUAUCCGACUCCCUACCCAGGCCUUCAGGGCGCCAGGCCUUCCUCUCACUCUCUCUCCCUCCUCUCGCCAAGACAAGGCGGUGGUGGUAGUGACGUGGUUGCGAUGGCCGUGCAGGCGCAGCACCUCCUCUCCCACGACCUCCACGCCUUCAGGGCGCUGGAGGGCGCGGCAGCCGGCGGCGUCUCGGUGUUCUUGGACGAGCUCGGCCUCGGCGGCGGAUGCGCGCCAGCGGCGGCGGGGAUCGGGGACGCCGUGUUCGCUGGUGCCACGCGCAGCGAGCUCGCCUGCAAAGGCAACGACAACGGCGGCGAGUACGGGUUCCAGGCGAGGAAGCGGGCGCGUGUUGGCGUGGCGGCGGGGUUCUUGGACGCGGGACAGCAGGGGCUGGCGGUUAUGCCCCUGGCGGCGACGCAGGGCCAGGUGUUCCCCGUGGAUGUGCAGAACAGGGCGGUCGGGUGUGGUGCGGCGUCCACCAGCGGCCGGGCGGCCGCCAAUGGCGCAUGCCUCUCUCGGGGCGUCUUGUCGCAGCUCUACCACCAGGGCGUGGAGAUCGACGCGUUGGUACGGCUCGAGAUGGAGAGGAUGCACGCGGGUCUUCAAGAGGAGCGCCUGCGGCACGUGCGUGCGGUUGUGGCCACAGUGGAGCGCGCCGCGGCGGGGCGGCUUAGGGCUGCAGAGGCCGAGCUGGAGAGCGCGCGCUGCCGCAACGCGGAGCUGGAGGAGAGGCUGCGGCAGCUGAGCGCCGAGGGCCAAGCGUGGCUGGGCGUCGCCAAGAGCCACGAGGUCGUCGCCGCAGGCCUCCGCGCCACGCUCGACCAGCUCUUGCAGCAGCCCACCGCGUGCGCCCUCGCCAACGCCGAUGGCGACGCGGAGGACGCGCAGUCAUGCUGCUUCGAGACCGCCACCCCAGCGGGUGUCGCCGACAACGCGGCCUCCAGGAGGACGUCGUCGCCGUCUUGUAAGUCGUGCGGCGGCGGCGAAGUGUGCGUGCUUCUGCUCCCGUGCCGGCACCUGUGCCUGUGCCGCGCGUGCGAGGCCGCCGCGGACGCCUGCCCCGUCUGCGCGGCCACCAAGAACGCCUCGCUCCGUGUCCUGCUAGGCUGAGCCCCUGGUGGCAGCACGACUUGCGCUGUUCCGGCGGCAGCCGAGCUCGUCCUGCUCUCCGUUCCGUUCGUCGCGUUCCGGUACCGGCGGCAGGGGCCCGGCACGUGAUCUCGGGCAGGCAGGAAGCUUUUGUUGCGUGCAUGUAAAAAAUUGCCAAGUUGCAGCCUGGGCUAAUUUGACCUCGUUACUGUUAUGUGUACCCAUAACACUAAUUUUCGUUUUACUGUUCA